CAUCUUUCACUGUAUAUUUUAGGCCAGGAACGAACUGGUGAUUCUACGCACUCGUAAAUGUUCAUUUAUAAAAAGCAAGAUAAAAACCAUAGAAAGUCCCCAUUACCUUCCUGUUGAGACUUUGACAUUACUGGAUGAGCUGAAAAGUUUCGUGUCUAGGCUUGUGAUCUCCAGCAGUCUUCCGGGUGUUUUCGCAACGAAAUGAAGGUAGCAGUGAUUGGGGCUGGAAGUGGAGGACUCUGUGCCGCCAAGAACAGCCUUGAGGCUGGUUUGCAGGUGACAGUGUUUGAACAGACGGAUCAAAUAGGUGGUACUUGGGUGUUUCGUGAAGAAGUGGGCAAAGAUGAAUUUGGCCUCGACAUUCAUUCGUCCAUGUACCGUGGACUCAAAACGAAUCUACCCAAGGAAAUCAUGGGAUUCCCAGAUUUUCGCAUUACUGGCGGGGAGCAAUCUUUUAUUUCUGCCGAAAGAGUCCUCCAAUUUCAUCACGAAUACGCUGACCAUUUCAAUUUGAGAAAGUGGAUUAAAUUCCACCACAACGUGGUUCGCGUGAAGCCCCAUGGGGAGUCUCAAUGGGAAGUACUAGUGAGGGAUCUUCUCCAGGAUAAGUACACCACAAGUAUCUUCGAUGCCAUUUUCAUCUGUAACGGUCACUACAGUGCUCCCUCAACUCCUAACUAUCCAGGACGAAAGCUUUUCAAGGGUCGCGAGAUUCAUAGUCACGAUUACCGGUGUAAAGACGUAUUUAAAGGAGAACGUGUUCUGGUAAUUGGAGCCGGACCUAGUGGCAUGGAUUUGACGAAAGACGCUGCAGAAGUGGCUGAAUUCGUGGUGCAAAGUCACCACUGGAAAGAACCGCCCAGUGUUCCAUUUCCCAAGAAUGUACUGCAAAAAAGUGCAGAUGUGGUACGUUUGACGGAAAAUGGGGCAGUCUUUAGUGAUGGUUCGAGUGAAUCCUUCACGAUUAUUGCUUACUGCACUGGCUACAAAUUUACAUUCCCCUUCCUGAGUGUUGAUUGUGGAGUUUCGGUGGAACAAAACUACCUGUCUCCUCUCUAUCAACACUGCCUAAACAUUAAUCGUCCCACAAUGGCCUUCAUAGGAAUUUGCAAUUUUGUUAUUGCUUCACAAAUGAUGGAUCUUCAGGUGAGAUUUGCUCUUAAGUUCUUCACAGGCCAGAAGGAACUCCCUUCUCGCGCUGAUAUGCUUGCGAGUGAAAAGUAUGAAAUCACAAGGCGCCUUAAGAAAGGACUGACUCUACGGAAGGCACAUUUUAUGGGAGAGGAUCAAGGGAAGUACUUUGAGGAUAUGGCAAAAAUCGCUGAUAUCACACCCCUUCCACCCGUCUUUGCUAUUCUUCACACCGAAAUAUGCUCCCUAAUUCGUAGCGACAUCAUGAAUUUCCGCAGGCACAACUACGAACUUGUUGAUGAUCAUACUUUCAAGAAACUCACAUGAUUUUUGAUCUACAAACAUUUAUGCACAUUUUUUUAGAACAUUCUUUACAGAGGACUCUUGUUUUUUUUUUAAAGUAGUAACUUUCUGUUUUUUUUUUACAACUAAAUUUACAGAAAAAUAUAUUUUUUAUUCUUUCCACUAAUUUUUUUUCAUUUAAUUUGCAAUAACGAAGGUUCAUUUUGUUAACUCGUAUUUUGUGUUGUUCAAAAACACCCAUCAUUUUUUUUUUAAAUACUACUACUACUACUUUUUUCAACUAAUUGUCAUCUUUUGUGAUUCCAAUAAACUACCUUAGCAAAUUAUUUCUACUGUAUUUUUUUCGUAGAAUUUAACAUUAAAUCUUUUUAGCACCAAA